UCAUCAGCUGCUGUAGUUUCUAAUAUGCAUGUGUUUCAGAUGAUUAUUCAGAUGUGGGCACGGAGAGCGCAUGCGCGUCUCAAACAGGAGCACAUGCGGCAUAUUCAGCGCUUAGAACUGAAGAGAGGAGCAACUGCAGGAGGUUUUGCGUGCACACAGAGCUGGAGUGGUUUGGUCAGGAUGGGCUGCUCAUCGUCCAGCACACAGACGCUCGCGCAGGAGAACCCACCGCGCGUCAAAGCGGAGGAGGCGAGCGGAGAAACUCUGCUCUCUCGUAAUGGGCUUGUAGCAGAAGACAGCGAGACCGUCUCGGAUCAGAUGCAGCUGCCAGUUCAAAGCACUCUGCCGGAUGAGCUGGGUCCCGGACCGGACGAGACGGUGGAGGCCUCAGAAGCAGAGCAGACAACGGUCAGCGCUAAUGAUGCUCCUCUAGAGGAGAGAGAUGCAGAUGAUGGUCCCGCUGCUUCAGAACCCACUGACUCCACGCCUGCAGAACCCUCUCUAGCUGUGGAACCUGCAUCAGAUCUCACCAGCACUCCAGAACCCAAGCCAGCUGAGCUAACAGAAGCUCCAGAGGCCCCAUCAGACACGAGCUCGGAGCCCACACUGGAGCAAGCAGACACAGCUCCUGAAGCGAAGCCAACCGCAGCUCAAGAACCAGGUCCAGUGGAGCAAAGCCCUGCUCCAGAACUCACUGUGUCUGAGCCUGUCCCGAGUGCAGAACCAGCUGCUGCUGAGGAACAAACUGUGUCUCCAGAACCAGCUGCAGUGGAACCAAGCCCAGCUCUAGAAUCAGCUCUGGCUCCAGAACCCUUGGCGGAGGAACCAAGUUCAGCUCCAGAACCCUCGGCUGAGGAACCAAGCCCAGCUCCAGAAUCAGCUCUGGCUCCAAAACCCUCGGCUGAGGAACCCAGUUUAGCUCCAGAACCAGCUGCUGUGGAACCAAGCCCAGCUCCAGAAUCAGCUCCGGCUCCAGAACCCUCGGCUGAGGAACCGACUGUGUCUCCAGAACCAGCUGCAGUGGAACCGAGCCCAGCUCCAGAAUCAGCUCCGGCUCCAGAACCCUCGGCUGAGGAACCAAGCCCAGCUCCAGAAUCAGCUCUGGCUCCAAAACCCUCGGCUGAGGAACCCAGUUUAGCUCCAGAACCAGCUGCUGUGGAACCAAGCCCAGCUCCAGAAUCAGCUCCGGCUCCAGAACCCUCGGCUGAGGAACCAAGUUCAGCUCCAGAACCAGAUGCUGAGGAACCGAGUUCAGCUUCAGAGCCAGCUGCAGUGGAACCGAGCCCAGCUCCAGAAUCCGCUCUGGCUCCAGAACCCUCGGCUGAGGAACCGAGUUCAGCUCCAGAACCCUUGACUGAGGAGCCGAGUUCAGCUCCAGAACCCUCGGCUGAGGAACCGACUGUGUCUCCAGAACCAGCUGCAGUGGAACCGAGCCCAGCUCCAGAAUCCGCUCUGGCUCCAGAACCCUCGGCUGAGGAACCGAGUUCAGCUCCAGAACCCUUGACUGAGGAGCCGAGUUCAGCUCCAGAACCCUCGGCUGAGGAACCGACUGUGUCUCCAGAACCAGCUGCAGUGGAACCGAGCCCAGCUCCAGAAUCAGCUCCGGCUCCAGAGCCCACGGUUGAGGAACCAAGCCCAGCUCCAGAACCCUCGGCAGAGGCAGCAGCGAUCACACAGUCUGCAGAGGAGAACGCGACCUGCGCAGACGCUCCAGAGGUCGGUGAAGAUGGAGCUGAUCUGCUGAAAUCCACAGAACCUGAAGAUUGAUGUCAGUGUGACGCUGUGAGACGUGCCUUUUAUCUCAGAGACGUGAGGGUUUGUACAUAAAUUAGUGUUUCUAAGUAGCGUUAGAAUCAUUAGCAUUGUUGUUAAAAGCCACAGAAAUGCCUCUGAGAGCGCGGGUCCCGUGGGUGUCCGGCCGAGCGUGGGACGAAAUCACAGCAUCGUGUCCUCAUCUCCAACUGAGUCAAACACAACAGCAAUAUUAACUCACCUGAACAAACCAAAGCUCUAAUAACUGUGAAUCAACCAAAUUAUGCUGCUUAAUGUGUCUUUUAAUGAGACAGAAGGGCUUCGUCUCUUAUGUAUUUAGUGCAUGUUGCUCCUCAGACUGCAGAUGCAAAGCAGUUUGACUCUUUACUUGCAUUAAUCAAUGACAGACAGGCAAACGGUAGUAUAUUAAUCAGCAGUGUAUGUUGUUGGGUUAUUUUAGUACAGUUUGUAGUGAUUCCAGAGCACUAAUAAACCUCAUCUGAUGAUCUGUGACACUGGAAGGAAAGCAGUUACUCAGCGAAUCAUAUCAGUGUGAAGACAUGAAAGUUGAGCUCUUUGU